GCAUUAUCAGAGUGGGAGAGAAUUUUACCACUGUUGACUUGUGGACAGAUUCACUACUCCUUUGUGCUUUUGGCAGCAGAGGCAUCUCUACUCUUCCACUCCAAAAACACGCUGACUGAACCUCCUCCACUUCAACAUGGAUACUUCAACAAGACAGCUGCUUAUCUACCUUUUCUCUGGUGGCUUCAAGAGCUUUCAAGCAUCUUUCAUGGACCAGUUUUAACUCAGAAUAAACGUAAAGUCACUUAUUUUUCCUCCUUCAUCUGCAGUUCAGAUGUGUGGAAUGUGCUCAAAAUUCUACAGGACGUACAAGUUGCGGGUUGUGCACGACUUUCAGGACUUUCCUAAAGGAGAGGUGAAACAGAAUUGAUACUGUUGUUCAAGAUUAGGAAAAAGGUGGUCUAAAAUUAAAGAUUAAAUACAAUACUGCCAUGGUAUAGCAGGUUUAGACAUUUCCAGCACCUAGCUGUCUCUUCGCUGCUGAUUGUUUCUGAUUUUCAGUUUGAAAAAUUGCAUGCCUUGAUCUCUGAAUACUGAAACAUGGAAAUUCUGAUGAACAUCACUCUACCAACUUAUGUGAACAGCAGUCUCCCAACCACUCUGACAGGGGGUGAAGAACAUGAGUUGCAGUCUUUGGUGCUGGUCAUCAUAGUGACCAUCAUCACCAUUAUUGUCGUGGGUAACCUUCUGGUCAUCAUCGUUAUUGCGUGCACCUCCCAGCUGCAGACCACAACGAAUAUCUUCAUCAUGUCAUUGGCAUGCGCUGACCUCAUGAUCGGGGUUCUGGUGGUGCCACUUGGUGCCACAAUUGUCAUAACAGGGAAAUGGCAACUCACCAAGACUUUGUGUGAGUUAUGGACAUCAGUUGAUGUGUUAUGCGUCACUGCCAGUAUACAGAGCCUUUGCAUCAUCGCAUUGGAUAGGUACAUUGCCAUCAUGAAGCCUCUAAUGACCCAACACAAAGUGCUCCUGAAUAAGUGUAGGGCUCGAAUUAUUGCUUGUGUCGUGUGGCUGGUCUCAUCUCUGAUCUCCUUCGUCCCCAUUAUGAAUCAGUACUGGCGUUUGGAUUUUGGCAAUGAUACAAACUUGAAAGAAUGUAACAAGGACCCCAAUUGUUGUGACUUUAUAGCAAAUGUGCCAUUUGUUAUACUUUCAUCAGUGGUUUCAUUCUACAUCCCUCUACUCAUCAUGAUUUUUGUCUAUGCACGCGUCUUUCUCAUUGCCACACGACAGGUACAGCUAAUCGACAAAAACCGUUUGAGGUUCCAAAACGAGUGCAUAGAAAAUCAGGUACAGUCCACGGACUACAGCAACUUACCUUCGAUGUGCAAAGAUGUCGGAGGAACGUCGGCAAGGCGGGAAAGUUCCCGAAGGCUACCAUUGAGAAUAACCAUCGUCAAGGAGCAUGAAGCCCUCAAGACACUAAUUAUCAUGGGUGUCUUCACACUCUGCUGGCUGCCUUUCUUUGUGGCGAACAUCAUCAAUGUCUUCUAUCGAGAUGUGCUGAACAGGGACAUUUUUCGUUUAUUAAACUGGUUAGGCUACAUCAACUCCGGCCUCAACCCAAUCAUCUACUGUCGAAGCCCAGAGUUUCGUAUUGCCUUCAAGAACCUUCUUGGCUGUCCCUGGUUGCCCUUUCUAAAAAUGAACUUCCUUUUCAAAGGGCUUCGGACUCGAUGCCCCUGCUUCCUGGGGUCUAUGGAGCCAGGAAUGCCUGGAACAUUCCAGAAGACCCCCACAUUGCCUGAAGAAGGGAGCAGCCAGAGCAGCUUCAGGAGCGAGGAGGCAUUGCCGGGACUGCCACGCUCCAGUGGCAGCACCUUCUUCAGUGAAUUCUCCGAAGCCGAGGCAAAGUUAUGAGUUUUUCGUCUUAAGUGCUUUCAGUUAACUACCUGUAGAGUUUUACACUUUACCUUGAUAAGAUUUAUUUUAGUACUCAUAAUGUCUCUGGUCAUUUUUUCUUCUGAAGUGCAUAAUUUUUGUUUAUAAUUUUUGUUUAAAUUACUUCUUUAUUAUGCAUAUAAGUUUUUGGUCUGUAUUGACAAACAACGAAUCGGUGCUAUGCAAGUAAGGUCAGUUUGCUCUAUAUCAAAUGUCAAGUGAACUUCAAACCUGCUGUAAUCAUAUGACCCAAAACUAAAAUUGGAUAUUGUUUUUACUCUGUUUAUAGAGGCCUUUCAGGAAAGUUUUUUCCUAGAAGGGGGACACACACUUGUCUAUCAGAUGAAGCUGCAAUGAAGUGGAAAAAAUGUACACAAAUGCAUAUGCAUUUCACAUGUAAACAGUCAUGUACGCCAGACAUUACAGCCUCACAAGCAGCCUUUCUGUCAGAGCAUCUGACUAGUGUUUAAAGGUGCUCCUGCAAUCGUCACACCAUUGUAAGAUAUAAACUGCAAACUUUUUUUAUAGGGUUACAUUUUGAAACAAGAACCAUUUUAUAUGUCUCAAUGAUUUAGUUUGCUCUUUCUGUUUGACUUUGUUUACUGCAGUUUCGCCACUCUUGUAGUAUUUUCCCAUUUAAUAAUAGUAAUUGAUAGGCUUUGUGCUUUGUUUCCUAGUUUUUGAUGUCAUGUUAGAGAUGUUAGAGGACAAUAUUUCUGUAAAUUUGCUGGAUUUAAUAAAAUAUUGCUUUAA